AUGACCGAUCAUAGCCAGAAGAUUAUUCUGCAUAUGAACAAGAACCAUCAGAUGUCCUUAGAAGAUUACGUGGUGGUUUAUGGAAAUGUCAAACCUGCAUUGAUAAAGGAGUCCACAGUCAAGAUCGGUGACAUUGAUGUAUCGUUGAUGAGUCUUGUAUAUCAGGAUGUUGCUGGAAUGCCUCAAACUCUUGUCAUUAGCUGGGAUGAAGCAAUUGAAAAUGAAAGCAUUCCCGUUAAUUCCUUUAAGGAUAUUAAGGCAAAAUUGGUUGCAAUGGCGAAGUAUGCUGCUAAUAGACGAGGAUAUUCUCAUAAAAAGAUUACAAAAGUGCUCUUUCCAGGUUCCAAAGAUAUCUUUAUGUACGUGCUUUUUGUAUUGCUAAUAUCAGAAGUUCAGGACCCAUUACUUCUCAGAUCGGCAAUCACAAAUAAUCAGGGCCUUGCCUUUUUGGCAUCCAAGGCUCCAGAAUUCUUGGUGAAAGGCGCAAUUACUUUAGAGACUUAUGCGAGUCUACUUUUUUCUACAUUAUACUCGAUUCACCUUCUCGAGAUUGUAUUCGUCACACUUCCAAAACUUAACAAAUAUCGAGUUCCAUUAAAUAAGAAGUUGAUUUGGAUAAUAAUGAAUUUCUUUGAGGGUGUCUAUGCCAUUCAACGGCUCAAUAGUUUGAUCGACAAAUAA